AUGAGAUUGAGAAAGCGGAAACCAUGUUUUCCUUCUUGCUCAUCUCGUCACAAAGUCGAUGAGGAUGAGAUUUAUUGGAGACACAGAAAGGAAGAUGAAGAGUUGGAAUGGUCUCAUCAUUCCACUCACUUAAUUACUCAGUUGACUCAAUGUUUUUCUACUGCUAUGGUUGGAUCACGAGCAUGGAUAGGAGGACUCUUUCACCGCACAAAUACUAAACAAAAUGAUAAAUUUAUUGACUAUCCUUUGACUCCUCUUGAGGAGGAAAGACUUCAACGGCUUCAAGAACGGUUGCAAGUUUCUUAUGAUGAAACUUGCCAUGAUCAUCAAGAAUCACUGAGAGCUCUGUGGCAAUGUGCCUUUCCUAAUGUUUCUCUGAAAGGCUUAAUAUCUGACCAAUGGAAAGAUAUGGGAUGGCAAGGUGCUAAUCCAUCAACAGACUUUAGGGGAUGUGGCAUCAUUGCCCUUGAAAAUCUGCUGUUUUUCGCAAGGAAAUAUCCGGCAUCUUUUCACAGGUUGUUGUUGAAGAAAGAUGGAGACCGAGCUACAUGGGAAUAUCCAUUUGCUGCUGCUGGCAUCAAUAUAUCAUUUAUGUUGAUACAAAUGUUGGAUUUAUACUCAGAAGGAAAGCCUCGGUGUCUUCCAGGCAUGAAUUUUGUCAAGUUAUUAGGAGAUGAUGAAGAAGCAUUCGAUAUUCUAUACUGUAUAGCUUUUGAGAUGAUGGAUGCACAAUGGCUGGCCAUGCAUGCUUCUUACAUGAAUUUUAACGAGGUUCUACAAGCAACAAGGAUGCAAUUGGAGAGAGAGCUAUCCUUAGAAGACAUCAAUAAAAUACAAGACUUGCCUGCUUACAAUCUGUUGUACCAAUAG